AUGGCAUCCAAACGAAGUAGAACCGACUCUUUUGCUUUAAACAAGAAGAGAAAAACAUUAUCUUUGGAGUGUAAACUUAACAUUAUUAAAGACUACGAUGCAAAAAUAAAAAUUUGUGAUUUAGCGAAGAAGUAUGAACUUCCGGAAUCGACAGUCAGAUCAAUUACGAAAAGUAAAGAAAAAAUUCUCGAAGCUGUGAAAAAUGCUCAGUCUUUGAAUUCAAGCAUCAUUCGUAAACGGCAUGGUAUUAUCGCUGAAAUGGAAACAUUGUUAAAAUUAUGGUGUGAUAAUCAAGUAAGUGUGAAAAAUUGUCCUAUUGAUCAGAACACGGUGUGCUUUCAAGCUAAACAAAUUUUUGAGAAAUUAAAAGAAGAAGCUGGGGAGAUGGCUAAAGAUGAAACGUUUAAAGCCAGUAACGGUUGGUUCAGCCGGUUCAAAAGUCGCUGUAACUGGCAUAGCAUUGCAGAAAGUGGAGAGGCGGCAAGUGCAGAUAAAGAGGCAGCAUCUCUCUAUCCAGAGAAACUCAAAGCUAUGAUAAAUGAAGGUGGCUAUACCAGCCAAACCAUAUUCAACGUAGAUGAAACUGGCCUAUUUUGGAAGAAGAUGCCUAAAAGAACUUUUAUUGCGCGUGAAGAGAAAACUUUUCCAGGUUUUAAGGCCGCCAAAGAUCGAUUGACAGUGAUGCUUGGCGCGAAUGCAGCUGGUGACUUUAAAUUAAAACCUCUCUUAGUUUAUCGCUCGGAAAAUCCAAGAGCAUUGAAAAACAAAUCUAAAGCUGGUUUGCCCGUGAUUUGGAAGUCGAAUCGUAAAGCUUGGGUGACGGCCUCCCUUUUUGAAGACUGGUUUGGUCAUCACUUCAUACCUGAAGUCGAACGUUAUUGCCAGUCUAAACAAAUCCCGUUUAAAGUGAUGCUAUUAAUCGACAACGCGCCAGGUCAUCCUCCUGCUACUUUAACUAGUUUCGACCCACGUGUGAAAGUUGAAUUUUUGCCACCAAAUACAACCAGCUUGCUUCAACCGAUGGACCAGGGCGUUAUCAAAACAUUCAAAGCUUAUUACACGAGACGAUCGUUUGCACAUCUGCAUGAAGCUAUGAGACAAAACAACGAGCUCUCUGUUAAAGAAUUUUGGAAACAAUUCAACGUUUUAGAAGCAGUGAGAAUCAUUGGAGAAUCUUGGAAUGAAAUUUCACAAAAAACUUUAAAUGGCGUCUGGAAAAAACUCUGUCCAUUUUUUUUCUCCACUAUGACUCAGGCGGAAUUAGUGUCAGGGCCUGAUGAAAUUUGCAAUGUGAUCAAAGACGUUGUCGAACUUGGUAGACAAAUAAAUUUAGAAGUGGAUAGUGAUGAUGUUCAAGAGCUGUUGGAUUCACACAAUGAGGAGCUUACAAUUGAUGAGCUCAUAACAAUGCGUGAACAAGAGGAAGAAAUUGAUAAUCAUGAUUCUUUGGAUCCAGUUCAAUUAGAAGAUCAAAUGACAGUUGGAAACUUGACAGAAGCCCUCAGUUCGAUUGAAAAAGGGUUAACAAUUUUGGAAAGCAUAGACUCCAAUGAAGAGCGCAGUUUUGUUACAAAACAUGGAAUAAAAAAAUUACUAGGAUGCUACGAGGAGAUAUUACGGGAGAAGAAAAAAUCAUUGACUCGUCAGACGACUUUGUUACAAUUUAUGAAACCUUCUACAUCAAAAUAA